AUGGAUGCUGAAGUGUCGACUGCAGAGGGAUCUAUGGCAUUUAUGGAGAGCCUGACAGUGUUGCAACGUCUUUUCAAAAAGGCACAGAACGAAGAAAGUAUUGAUAAUGAGGAGGACAAUAGACUGACGAAGAGGGAUGCUGAAGCGCUGGCGCGAAAGAAGGAGAUGAAGGAGCUGCGGGCACGAGCAAAGGCAGCUAAAGAGGUCUUUGCACAAGCAGCAGAGAGCGGCCAAGAACUUGAAGCAGCUGCAGCGAAGCGCAAGAGAGAAGAGGAGGAAAGUGACGAACAAUUGAGGAAAUUGGCGCAUGUGGAGGCACCAAAUACAGUCAAAGAAGCUGAUGCUGGUCACCUCUGUUUGUUUGCUGGUCACUUGUUUGCAUAG